UUCAAUAUUAUCUGAUUUUUUUGUCAUUUAGAUUUUAAAAAAGCCAUUUACUAGUUGUUUGUCACACUUAUUAUAUAUAUAUAUAUAUAUAACUAACUAAAUGCCUGUCUUUAAGUUGUCGACUAAUUUGCCGUCGGCUAAACUGCCGGCCGGUUUUGCUAAUAAAACAGUCGAAGUGGUGGCCAAAUCAUUUGGCCACCCGAAUGAWUACGUUACCGUCCAAGUGGUCACCGAUCAGAUCAUUAGUUGGGGCGGUACUGACUCGGGUCCGUGCGGUUUGGUUACUGUCCAAAGUGCCGACGGGUUGGGCAGCGACCAGAAUAAGAAGCACUCGAAGGCCAUCGCCGAUCACUUGGAGAAAGAGUUGGGAAUCAGUUCCGAUAAAUGCUAUAUUAUUUUCGAUCCGAUAGAGUUAGUCAACAUCGGCUACAAUGGCACCACUGCUGAUGAAAUUAAGUAAAAAAACAACAACCGAUUGAUAAUCAUAUCUGAUUUGAUGGACACAUGAAAUAGAUAAUUAAAAAAAUAGAUUUUUAUUAAAUUUUGUUUAAAAAAGCUAUAAAAAUA